AUGGUGUCAACCUCAAGCCGGUGUGAUCCCACCAAUACAGUUGACCAACUCGAGAUGAAACUGCAACUCUACCUCCUUCUGCUCACGGCCAUCGUUUUGGGAACGUCGAUGAACGGCGCUAGGGUGUACGCUGCAGACAAGAAACAUGCUGAAAAGGAGACGGAGACGCCACUGACUGGCGCUUGGGGCGGUGGCGGUGGUGGUGAUCGUUGGGGUGGAGGCGAUGGUGGUGACCGCUGGCAUGGCGGCGGCGGUGGUGGUGGCCGCUGGAAGGACGGUGGCCGCAAGUGGUGA